UAUCUGCCUCUUUCUACAGAUGAAAAGAAGAGCAGAACUUCCUUAAAUUACUCAUUACUAUAAGGAGAAGGGGGACCAACAUCUCGAAAAUGAGUCUUAAAAGGAAAACCAUCUCAGCUUCUCCAGAACCUAGCUGUGUGUCUAUGAAGAGUGAAAACUCCCUUCAUCAACCGCCUGGUUUCAGCGAUGAAGCAGUGACCUCUGACCUCAGGCAGCUCUACACAGAACCAAACUUGCUGAAUGAAUCUGAAGACCUGCAUCAGAAUUCUCAUAAACCAGUAGAUGAUGUCCUGCAGAGAGUCAAAGACAAACACAAAACCAUCAUGAAGAACAAAUAUGAGAGUUUAUUUGAGGGAAUCAAACAACAAGAGAAUCAAACCCUCCUAAAGAGGAUUUACACACAACUGUACAUCAUAGAGGGAGAAAGUGAAGGAGUGAAUGAAGAACAUGAGAUUUUACACAUGGAGAAAAACACCAGAACACAACACUUACAAGACACAACACUCUACUGCAAUGACAUCUUUAUACCCUUACCUGAACCAGAACAUAAAACAAAGAAAAGAAAAGACAAAAUCAAGAGCGUUCUUACUAAAGGCAUCGCUGGAAUUGGAAAAACCGUCUCUGUACAGAAGUUCAUUCUGGAUUGGGCCGAGGGAACAGCCAAUCAGGAUGUAGAUUUCAUGUUUGUGCUUCCAUUUCGAGAGCUGAACUUGAUUCAAGAUGAUCACUACAGUCUUCACAAACUUCUGCUUGACUUUCAUCCUGAACUUCAAGAUCUGGACCCAAAGAUUUAUGAUGAGUGUAAAAUUGUGUUCAUCUUUGAUGGCCUGGAUGAAAACAGAAUGACGCUGAUGUUUUCAGAUGCUGAGAAAGUUUCUGAUGGGACAGAUACUUCAUCAGUGCCUGUGUUGAUAUCAAAUCUCAUGAAAGGAGAUCUACUUCCCUCUGCUCUCAUCUGGAUCACCUCCAGACCAGCAGCAGCCAAUCAGAUCCCAUCUAAAUACAUCAACCGUUUGACAGAAAUCCAGGGAUUCAAUGACGCUCAGAAGGAGGAAUAUUUCAGGAAGAGCAUCAGUGAUGAACAUCAAGCCAGCAGAAUCAUCUCACACAUUAGAAGAUCAAGAAGUCUCCACAUCAUGUGUCACAUACCAGUCUUCUGUUGGAUCUCAUCCACUGUGCUUCAAAACAUCCUGAAACAAGACAAUGAGAGAGCAGAAAUCCCAAAAACUCUCACUGAAAUGUACAUCCACUUCCUGCUGAUUCAGAUGAACAUGAAGAAUGAGAAGUAUGAUGAGAGAGAUCCAGAGAAACUCUUGCAGUCUAACAAAGAAAUGAUUGUCAAACUGUCUAAACUGGCUUUUGAACAGCUGAUGAAGGGUAAUGUGAUGUUUUAUGAGGAGGAGAUGAGAGAGUCUGGCAUAGACAUCACUGACGCCUCAGUGUAUUCUGGGAUCUGUACUGAGAUCUUAAGGGAGGAAUCUGGGAUACAUCAGAGGAAAAUCUACUGCUUCAUACAUCUCAGCUUUCAGGAGUUUCUUGCUGCUCUUUAUGUGUUUCACUAUCACAUGAGUACAACAAUGGAGACUCUGAAACAUUUUGCUUCAAUACAGAACUUGCUUAAAGGUGCCGUAGAUAAAGCUCUUCAGAGUAAAACAGGACAUCUGGAUCUUUUCCUGCGAUUCCUGCUGGGCAUCUCACUGGAGUCCAAUCAUAGACUCUUACAGGAUCUACUGACACACACAAAGAACAGUUUAGAGACCAUCGGAGAAGUCACACAGUACAUUAAGGAUAAAAUUAAACAUGAUCAUCUAUCAACUGACAGAUCUAUCAAUCUGUUUCUGUGUCUUCUCGAAGUGAAUGAUCAGACUCUGUACAGAGAGAUUGAGAAGUUUGUGAGAUCAGACAAACAAUCAGAGAAGAAACUCUCUGCUGCUCACUGUUCAGCAAUAGCCUACAUGCUUCAGAUGUCAGAGGAGGUGCUGGAUGAGCUGAAUCUGAAGAAAUAUAACACAACACAGGAGGGGAGAAGAAGACUCAUACCAGCUGUCAGCAAUUGCACAAGAGCUAUACUUGCUGACUGUAAUCUGACUGCUGAGUGUUGUGAAAGUUUAUCUUCAUGUCUACAAUCCUCAUCUUGUCUUCUGAGAGAUCUGGACCUAAGUAACAAUGACCUGCAGGAUUCAGGAGUGAAGCUCAUCGCUGAUGCUCUUAAGAGUCCAGACUGUAAACUAGAGAUACUGAGAUUGUCUGGUUGUAUGGUGACAGAUGAAGGUUGUUGUUAUUUGGCUUCAGCUCUGAGUUCAAACCCAUCAUCACACCUGAGAGAGCUGGAUCUGAGCUACAAUCACCCACAACACUCAGGACUUCAGAUGCUCUCUCAGAGACUUAAUGAUCCCAAGUGUACACUCGAGAAACUAAACACUCACGCAGCGCCACUGUAGUGAUGCUCACUUAUGUGGAAUCAGUCCAAUGGAAAGGACAAAUGUCAUAGUUGGGAUGGUGUAGGACCCAGGAAGCUUUAAAAGACCAUCCGUCAAAGCCAGCUUUAGCUUCUGUACCUUAAAGCUGUAGUCUACAAUGUUGAAAAUUGGUCGAGAAAGUUUGAGACUGUUGGGAAGUUUUAAAAAACUCAUCCCGUCCCUCCACACACACCCCUCCCACUGGGAAACGACCUGAACAACGUCACUCAGUCAAGCUAUGGUAGUAAACAUCGGAACAGAGAUUUACCGAGAUUUAGCUAAAAGCAGUGAACACAUAAAGCCUUGAAGAAAUGAACACUUACAAUUAUGACUGAUUGACGUUAUUUACUUUCACAACAACGUUUAGCAUACGUUGGCCUCGUUUCCCCUGGUCAAAAGUGCUAACGUUACCUAGCACAUUAAUUGCACAAUAAUUAUUAGUUAGUAUUGCUAAGGUUUUGAGUAAUUGUUUUAGCAGCACACAGCGCAUCUUGUUCAAAUUCCGAUCGGCUCGAACAGAAACCCGCUAGGCCUAUUGAAAUAUAUUCAAGCACUUCAAGAAAUAUAAUUACUUUGACCCGUGAUAGGCGAUGCUAAACGGCUAACAUUCCAAUGCCAACCGGCAGCAUGAGCACGUUGUCAGACUGAUAAAAAGAUAUUUAUGUAACCCCUCACAUCAUAAAAGUAUAAAUAAAUGCUAACCUGCUCAACAAAAAGUCUGAUGCAAAGAAGCUGUUGCUACUUUGCUAGCUACCAUACACUGUCAGAAAUUUCAUGUCGCAGGAAGGGGGCGGGGUGGGGUGCGAUGGGGUGGAGACGCGAGCGCAAGGUGGAGUUUCAAGUGGAGCGGGGAUUGGAUGAGAGCAGUUGACCAAUGUAAGCUUAUUGUUAGGAUUUUACCGUAGAACCAUAACCAGCAUCUAAACGAGGUUAUUAAUAAUGAACAAUCUUUGAAAUCGUAGACCAUAGCUUUAAGCAAGUGCAUUAUGUGUAUGUUGGUCCAGUGGUUUGGGAGAGGAGCUUGUGCAGAAACGCAUCACAGGUGGAUCUCACCUUUUCUACCCUCUCCCAUGGUUACAGCACACUGUCUUUGGAUUCGGAAGCUCGCAACAUGGCUUCUUCUGACUAGAGCAGGAGCCAUGCUUUACAUCUGUCCUCCUCUAAGGAGGUGGACGUGAUGAGUGUUAAGCAGGUGGGGAUACAAGCUUUAUAUUUCUGGGGCAAAGCAUGCACACUUAGCUCUUGAGAGGGCUGAUUGUGUGAGGUUGCCGGUUCACGUACUGUGGUCCCGCUGUUCAUCCUCCGAGGAGAAGCCUGUGCAUUACCCAUGGCUCCGGCCCCGAUGCUGCCAAGACUGCAUGGAAUUUGCAGUUGGCGAGGUUGCAAAUGGAUAUCGCAAAGAGGUUUGAGACAGGUUCAUCCUCAUCUCUGCCUUCAUUAGUGGCAUCCAGCACUCUUCACCUUUCAAGAGAGCUGCUUUUGAGCAAUGUUCGCAUGCUUCACGGCUCAAAGCCUGUGCCCGCUGAGGCGGUGUGACAUGUUUGGUGGCGGGGCUCGCAGAUGGAGUUAGUUGAAGCACUUGAGAUGGCUUCAGCUUCUUAUCAACCCUCUGUCUCUGCUGCAUCCAGGAGAGAUUUGGGAGUCUGCAUGUUGACCCCUCCUGCCCUGACCGGUUGCAUCAUUGUUUGACAAGUCAGACAAUGUUUGCGUGUCUCGCGGUUUAAGACCCAAGUCUUCGAUGACAAAGGCAGAUGAACAUCUCUUUAUGUCUUAUAUUCUGGGUGAAAUGGAUAUUGCUUUUAUCUUUUAAAAUCACCUGUGUUAAAAACUUUUUGUACCCUCUCUAUGUGGACAGAGCCUGGUUCUCACCUUGGGUCCCAUUUUUGCAUGUCAUGGUCACAAGGUUUUGACGAUGAAUGCCUAAACUCACAGGCUCGUGGAGACGCCUGUGUUGCUGCCUCUUCUGUCUGGAGCGACACACAUUGUCAGCCUCAGGAAACCAAUUUGAUUUUCCUGCUGUUACAAGCACAUCAUUUUUUCAGCAGAUGAGUUUCUUAAAGAGCC